UCGGUAGUCCCGGCUUCAGUCCGCCGCAGCUCCGCCGACUGGAGGGAUGUGACCCCGGAACAGAACGCCCUCCUACAACAACACACCAUUCAAACAGAGCAAAGAAUAAAGUAAAGCUGGACCAGGAGGGAGCCACAGGAGCAGGGGGGAUGAACCGCGAGGAGGCGCCGGGGAAGUCUCCUGAAGACAUGUACAUCCAACAGAAAGUGCGGGUCCUGCUCAUGCUUAAAAAAAUGGGAUCAAAUCUUACACCGAGUGAAGAGGCUUUUCUCCGAAAUUACGCUGGUGUGGUCCACAGUCAGAUGAGCCAGUUACCACAGCACAACAUAGACCAGGGUGCAGAGGACGUGGUGAUGGCGUUCUCACGGUCAGAGACAGAGGACCGGCGACAGUGACCCUCGCCCUCCGCACCGCUCAUCCCACCCUGCAUGUGAUCCACAACAACACACAACUCCACAAACACCGAUGAGCUCAGGAGAAGAGGAACGCCCCCGAGGGCGCAAAGGAAGGAAGGAAAAGACGCACAUGUGGCUGCCUCACUCUCCACCCGACCUGUUUCCACCCCGCUUCUUCCUCACAUAAGUCGGCACGCCAUCACCUGAGAUGCACUCGAGUGAGUCACUGUGGGCUGAAGCCUUGGCAACAAGACAGUCGGUGAAAACUCUCACAUAUCAUGUGGAUGUUUAUCAUAUGUAGUCUGUUUGUUUCUUUUUCAUUUUGGGGUUGGGUCUCGGUUUAGUUUUGUACCAUGUUUGUCUGUGAGGAGAUGUGGGCUGGUGCUGUGUGCUACAUCUGCUGCAGUUGCUGGAGAAAGUGACCAGCCGGCGGUCAACCGAAGCAAAGAGAAACAUAGUUUUGGUCAAGCAGCGAGUGUGAUGAUUGGAUGUGUUCGAAGAGAGAGUUGACUUAUUCCUGCUUUUACUCCCAACUGGGCUUGACCGGUGUUUUUGAUUUAGUUUGCCUUGUGUCCAGCGGGGGCCACAUUUAUAACGAAGCAUGAAAGAUGCGUAGAACUUCAUCUAUGCAGAUGGUGCAAAUAAGAUAAAAAGGACUUCACAGACGGGUCUAUAUGUUGCCAUAAAACCUGCAUGCUAAAGACAAAAUAUUUAGCCCUUAAACCUUGAGGUGUUGGAUAUAAAAGUCCUCUUCCAGACAUGAUAUCUGGUUCUUGGGGUUCAAGAGGUUAAAUUAUAUUAAAUCCCCUAAUUUUGAAGUCAUGAGCAUUAUUGGGUUUAGGUUUGUUUAUUACUUUGCUUCUCUCAUGUGGUCACCCUUAACUGGAGGCGGAUGUUGUUUAGACAGAUGGUGUGUUACAGUUUAGUAAUAAUUAUAACAUAUGUCCUCAGAAAUGAACAAUCACUUAAAAUGACCUUAUGGCUGUGUAUAAUCCCAUUUUAGUGUCUUGUGAGUAUUAAGUUUUGUAUUCUGCCCAUAAAUGUUUACCAAGGAGUCUUAAAGUCGUUUUUAUUUUAUUUUUUUUCUUUUAAUCAGUAAACAUCAGCAUUAUGGUCUGUCCACGUGCCUCACAUUUUACUUGGAGUUGUAUAACCCAGCGCCAUGGUCAUCGAUUGAAGCGAGUGCCAUUGAGCUCCAAAUUUGAUCUACCGCUCUUUUGCUUUAUCGAUUAACGUCGUCAGUGCGGCUGCAGAUGUCGACAGUGGUCUCAGUCAGGUGCUGCCUUCUGCUGUGGAUCAAAACCGAGCCAGAAAACAGUUAAAACAAUUAAUGGAUCAGGUUCAUCAAUGUUGGAAAACGUGUUAAAAUAAAGUAUAGAUAGCCUGAUUGAUCUAUCAACAGGCCUGAUGUUAAUCUGGUCUCAGUUAACUAGACUGGUUAACGUGCCUCUGUGCACAAUUUGGGAUAUUUUUACAUUGGGAAGCUGUGUGAAGGUUUUUGUUUGUCUGUUUUUCGUGCUUGUGGUGUGUGUACAGCAUCUUACACAUCUGCUGCUUUAUUUUGAAAGCUGUCGAGAGUGCAAAAGUGCUUUUCUCGUCGGAGAGGGCAAGAGUUAAAGACACUACCAGACAUAAUCACAUCAAAUAUGAAACACCUCCCCAGACUAUUUCUGGUUUGUCUUGUCAUCACAUGUAAAACUUUUUCUUCCUUUUUUAAAAAAAAUUGUACAUAUAGUUAGGGAAUUAAGACAAAUGAAUUGCGUGCACCAAUUGUAUUUUAUUUUAUUUUUUAUUUUCAAACGCGAGAUGAAAUUUCAGACAAGGUUGUGUAUGUAAUUUAUUGUUUACUGAAUUGACACAUCAUCAGAUAUUGGGGUCUGCACGUGGGUCGCUCUGUAGUUUCAGCAGCAGCAGUGGCUCUCUGUUCACACUAAAGUCACACAAACUCUAAUUUUUAACUACCUGACAUGACGACAUGAAGCCAAACAUUAGAACUGUGUGCUAUAUCUGACUGGACUGUAUCUCUUGCACUAUUAUCAGCUGGAAUAUUUGCAAAGAAUACAUUUUAAUAUUUAGCACAGAGAUUCUAUGUUUUGUUCUGCAGGUGAAGAAAAAAAAACAAUCUUUGUAAACACUUUUUCUUGGUGACUUACGAAAGGUUUGCAUUAAUUAACUCAGCUGGACUAUGAAUGAAUUGAUAUUUGUUAACAACAGGCAUGUUUUUCCAGUGACAUGCUCAGUAUUUAAUGUGUUUCAAGUACAGUUCAUUAACUUGUGAAAUAAGUGUAAUGUUUUAAAGCCAAGCAUGUCUGCCUUGUGAUUUCUAAUGUUCAUCUGAAGCCGCAAUGCCACAAUGACCAUUGUUUGUAAUUUCUUGAUGUUUCUCAGAGCUAAUAGCUCGUUUAAAGUGUUUCUGGAAAAGAAAAGAAAAAAAAAGAUCUAUUUGUAAGUGUUAUCCGUUUUAUCUUGUUGGCAAUAAUGUUUUUUUGAAUGUCAAACAGUCAUCACGAUGUAAACAGCCAACAGAUCUGUCACUCUUUAUGUUUACUUUUGUUUUAAAGCAUGAUUCAUCUGUCCAUUGCUUUUUUCCUCUCUCUCUCUCUAAAAGGUGUCUUACUGUACAUUUUAUCAAUCAAGGCUGCACUGCAGCUUUCAGUUAAGUCGCGAAUGUGUGUUUGUGGGAGAGUGUGUAUGUGUGUGUGCGUGAGAGAGAUAUCACCAUUGAACUCCCAGUUCUGAUUUUCAGCUUGGUGUUGAUUUGAGGCUAGGAUUGUGUGUAUUUUUACUGGGAUGACCUUGCGUUGCCUAAAUGUCUUUAUUUUAUUUUUAUUUUUUGUUUUGCCUUGUAUUAUGUUUGACAUCUCAGUUGAAACUGUUUAGCUGUUUUUGUUUUGUAUGGCUGCUGACCAUUUCUUGACUAAAUGCUUCCAAAUCCUAUACCAACUGAACCAUUAAAGAACUUUUAAACUGAAA